ACGCCAGUCCGUUAGAGGCCGUAGUGUUGUAUACAUCGUUAUCUAUGUUGAGACAUCAACGACCUCGCCUGUAAUAGAGCCAUCGUGUUGGACAAUUCUCGUUGGCUCUUAUUGGACUCUCAUUACACCUCCAGGCCGUGGUAUACAAACACACUAAUUGGACAUUUUUCCAAAGGGUUCAAUAAAUGAAGAAGAUCCAACAGAAAUCUGUGACCGAUCGAGAUAAUAUUAUAAGAGAGCAGGAACGAAGGUCGAGGCUAUGACGUACGAAAUGUGGAAAAGUUGAGAGAGGUGGAGAGAAGACGAAGGUUUACUUUAGAGUAGAGUUUCAGUAACUUCAGCUACUGAAAGUGGGUUAGUGCGAGUUGAAAAAGAGGGAAAAAAGGGUUAGUGUGUAGGAGAAGAAGGCAGCAAUGUUAAGUGGUAUUCUCUGAUACUAAAGUGUAUUGUAAGAAUGGGAUUUGAUGUGACAUUAGAGAACAUAAUAGUUUAGUGAAGCACUUGGAUUUCACCAUUAACUGGUUAUUUAGUUAGACACUCGAUCAGUUGGAGAGAUAUAAGUUGGUGUGUUGGUGGUGGCUGGUUUGUUGAGUCUCCGGUGGUGGUUGCCGGAGCUGUUAGGUAGCAAUAGUCGAAGAAGUCAUUGGUGCAGUAAUAGUUGUUGAUGAUAAUAGUGGAGGUGUAUCGAGAAAACGUGGAUAAAUGUGUCGAUCACGGUAUAAAACGUGAGGGCGUCCAAGGGACGGUGGCAGAAGGAGCGGCCGAGGUGUUGGAAGUGGCAACGGAAGAAGAGAAAACGCGAGGAAGGUGGAGGCGGAAGAGGAGUUAGCAUCGGUGUGUGAGUUUAUCGGGAGGAAGAAAAGCCAGCGUGUAAAUGUGCGUGUUAGUGCGUGUCUUGAUUCGAGCUAUACACAGCAAGGCGUGAUCAGCUGCACGCGGGGUCCGAGGGGAAUAAGAAGACGAGGGGCAAACGUGGAAACGCGCUACAGAAGAGCCGAUUUUAUUUUUAGUGCACAUCGAAACGUAGAGUGGCAGCGGCACACGGCCGCAGAUCUGCCGACGUAUGUCACAUUGGAAUUAUUAUAUUCUGCUUCAUUGCUCGUGACCACCGAGGUUAUCGCCAUAGCCCGGGACACGCCUCGCGAUAAGCGUCGCUUGUGGACUUCCGACUUCUCGGAGCUCAAGGGAGUUGAAAGAAAAUAGCCUGGAUCCUUGGCUUUAGAGAAGUAAGGUAGAGUUGGCAGAGGCCAACCAGGAAAGGACGAGAAGAGAUGGCGACGAUAGACGGGCGGCCAGCCCAAUAUGGCAUCACUCUUAAGCAACUCCGAGAGCUUAUGGAACACCGAGGGCGAGAGGGUGUCAACAAAAUUAACGCUCUCGGUGGUGUACAGGAAUUAUGCAAAAAGUUGUACACUUCGCCAAGCGAUGGUCUUAGUGGAUCAUCGGCAGAUUUACAACAUAGGCGAGACACGUUUGGUUCCAACCUAAUACCUCCAAAACCACCAAAAACUUUUCUCACGUUAGUGUGGGAAGCACUACAAGAUGUUACUUUGAUCAUUCUUGAAAUAGCUGCAUUGAUUUCAUUAGGUCUUAGCUUCUAUCACCCUGCAGAUGACGAAUCUGAAGAGGUGCAAGACGUAACGAUAGAUAAAGAUGAGGCUCAGUACAAUUGGAUUGAAGGCCUUGCCAUUUUGAUCUCUGUUGUUGUGGUUGUAUUGGUCACAGCUUUUAAUGAUUAUUCGAAAGAAAGACAAUUUCGAGGCCUUCAAAACAGGAUAGAAGGAGAACACAAGUUCUCGGUCAUCAGACAGGGUGAAGUAAAACAAAUAUCUGUAGCUGAUAUCGUUGUAGGCGAUAUAUGUCAGAUAAAAUAUGGAGAUUUACUGCCUGCUGACGGUGUUUUAAUACAAAGCAACGAUCUCAAGAUUGAUGAGUCAAGUUUGACAGGUGAAUCGGAUCACGUGAAGAAAGGAGAAGCAUUUGAUCCUAUGGUGCUAUCGGGAACACAUGUGAUGGAAGGUUCUGGCAAAAUGCUGGUGACUGCUGUCGGUGUAAAUUCUCAAGCUGGUAUUAUCUUUACUCUCCUUGGAGCUGCUGUAGAUCAACAAGAGCAGGAAAUUAAGAAAAUGAAAAAAGAAGCUAAAAAGCAGCGGAAGAAGAAGUCUCUCCCAGGAGACGAAGCUGGAGAAGUAACGGGUAAUAGUCAUCCGGGAAGCGGUGGAAGCGUAAAGCACGAUGGUGCGGAAAAUCAUGCAGCCGCGUCCUCAGCUCCCAGAGAACACGAAGGAAAAAAAGAAAAAAGUGUGCUCCAAGCCAAAUUGACAAAACUCGCAAUUCAAAUUGGAUACGCUGGAUCUACAAUUGCGGUGCUCACUGUCGUCAUUUUAAUUAUCCAAUUUUGUGUGCAGACGUUUGUUAUCAAGCAAUUACAAUGGAAAAGUAAAUAUGCUGAGAAUCUUGUACGACACUUGAUCAUUGGUGUGACAGUACUUGUAGUAGCUGUCCCGGAAGGUCUUCCACUAGCCGUGACGUUGUCUCUAGCUUAUUCGGUCAAGAAAAUGAUGAAGGACAACAACUUGGUACGUCAUUUGGAUGCCUGUGAAACUAUGGGUAACGCUACGGCUAUUUGUUCUGACAAGACUGGAACGCUGACAACCAACCGGAUGACAGUAGUUCAGUCGUAUAUCUGCGAAAAAUUGAGUAAAACGAUUCCACCGUUUACGGAUAUUCCGGGUCACGUUGGAAAUCUUCUUGUUCAGGCAAUCUCAAUUAAUUGUGCAUACACGUCCAAAAUUAUACCCUCGCAGGAUCCUACCGAUCUGCCAAUGCAGAUUGGCAACAAAACCGAAUGUGCCUUACUUGGAUUUGUAGUGAACUUGGGCCAAAAUUAUCAAACAAUUCGAGAAGAUCAGCCAGAGGAAACAUUCACGCGGGUAUACACUUUUAACAGUGUCAGGAAAAGUAUGUCUACUGCUAUUCCAAGAGCAGGCGGUGGCUAUAGGCUCUUCACCAAGGGUGCUUCCGAAAUCAUCAUGAAGAAAUGUGCCUUUAUUUAUGGACGCGAUGGACAUCUGGAGAAAUUCACGAGAGAAAUGCAAGAUCGUCUGGUGAAGAAUGUAAUUGAACCCAUGGCGUGCGAUGGAUUGCGUACAAUUUCAAUUGCAUACCGUGACUUUGUUCCUGGUAAAGCAGAAAUCAAUCAGGUUCAUAUUGAAAAUGAACCAAAUUGGGAGGACGAAGAAAAUAUUGUGAAUAAUCUCACAUGUCUUUGUAUCGUUGGUAUUGAAGAUCCUGUACGGCCUGAAGUACCAGAUGCUAUAAAAAAAUGUCAAAGAGCAGGAAUUACAGUAAGAAUGGUUACUGGAGAUAACAUCAAUACAGCCCGAUCAAUUGCUUUCAAGUGUGGUAUUUGCAAACCCAAUGAAGAUUUCCUUAUUUUAGAAGGUAAAGAAUUCAACAGGCGAAUUAGGGAUAGUAAUGGAGAAAUUCAACAACAUUUACUUGAUAAAGUCUGGCCAAAGUUAAGGGUAUUGGCUAGAUCGUCACCUACAGAUAAGUAUACUCUUGUAAAAGGGAUGAUCGACAGCAAAGCCUCAGUAGCUCGUGAGGUAGUAGCUGUAACUGGUGAUGGUACGAAUGAUGGACCAGCAUUGAAAAAGGCUGAUGUAGGAUUUGCUAUGGGUAUAGCUGGUACUGAUGUUGCAAAAGAAGCUUCCGAUAUUAUUCUUACUGACGAUAAUUUUUCUUCAAUCGUCAAAGCUGUUAUGUGGGGUAGAAAUGUUUACGACAGUAUAGCCAAAUUUUUACAGUUUCAGUUAACUGUAAAUAUCGUCGCAGUUAUUGUGGCAUUCAUUGGUGCUUGUGCUGUUCAAGACUCGCCAUUGAAGGCGGUACAAAUGUUGUGGGUUAAUUUAAUUAUGGACACAUUAGCUUCCCUUGCAUUGGCUACUGAAUCGCCUACACCUGAUCUUUUACUUCGUAAACCUUAUGGUCGUACGAAACCAUUGAUCUCCAGGACUAUGAUGAAAAACAUCCUGGGUCAAGCAAUUUACCAGUUGACUGUAAUAUUUAUGCUCCUUUUUUUCGGUCACGAAAUGCUCGGUAUUCCUACUGGCAAAGGAGCCGCAGAAAAAGGUGAGGGACCGACCCAACAUUUUACAGUUAUAUUUAACACAUUUGUCAUGAUGACCCUCUUCAACGAAUUCAACGCGAGGAAAAUUCACGGUCAGCGCAAUGUCUUCCAGGGAAUAUUCACCAACCCCAUUUUCUAUUCAAUUUGGAUUGGAACUUUUCUGUCUCAAAUUGUCAUCAUUCAGUACGGUAAGAUGGCAUUCAGCACAAAAGCUCUUGAUCUAGAUCAAUGGAUGUGGUGUUUGUUCUUCGGAGUUGGUACACUAGUGUGGGGCCAAGUAGUUACAACUGUUCCUACAAGGAAGAUACCUAAGAUCCUUUCAUGGGGUCGCGGCCAGCCAGAUGAAAUCGGUGCUAUCAAUCUAGGAGACGAGAAAUUCGACCCAGACUCGGAUAAAAAGCCGCGCGCAGGACAAAUUCUAUGGAUCCGUGGUCUAACACGGCUACAGACUCAGCUUCGAGUAAUCAGAGCAUUCAAGUCGACUUUGGAAGAUUUGGAGGAACGUCGGUCUGUUCAUAGUUUACACAGCUUACACAGUAUGCGCAGCUCACGCAGCCACACUGGGCCGCGGCCGCUAUCAGACUUCACAUACAUUGAUGACGACACGUCUAAUUUUUUUCUCAACACCAAGGCCAAACAUCAGCAGCAUCAUAACGACCAGGAUCACGACUCGAGUACCAAGAGUUCACGACUCCCAUCGAUCAACAGUCCAGCAUCACCACUUCUGCUGAAUGUACCCAGCUCUGGAUCCUCGUUCAACAGUCACCACCGUCACAACAAUCGUACCUCACCCAAUAACAUCCUAGAACAUCAGGCUUUGAGCCCAAAUCACGCAACGAGCAGAAGCGUUGAUAGUGGAGCCCCUAACUCCCCAUCCUCUGGUUCUAGUGAUCCAAUUAUACCACUAGAGCUACCAAAAGUGGUGCACGAAACUUGUAUCUAAUGUGGCCACGUUCUCCUGGCAUGUCUUCUCUUCAUCGUACUACUCGUGUCCGGCAUUACCUCUUCUAUACCUGCUUGCUACAUACAUAUCAUCCAGGUCUCGGACUCUAUACUCUUUGGGUAUUCGUUGCAUUUUCGUACAAAUAAAUAAUCAUUUAUAUGUCAUCUUAUACUGUGGUUAGGCCAAGUUUCCUCUUCGUCAAGCCUCUCAACGCGUCUCUCCUGUACUUAUGUAAUACUUUCUUCAUGAGAAAACUUAUAUCAAUUCUUCAUCGAAGUGCUUAUCAUUCCUCGACUUCUUAUCAUUUUUUAGCAAAUCCUCAUUUCCUCAGACUGAUAUUCUCAUGGUGAACGAACUGCACGUUGCCAAUUUCUUUUCAAUCAUUUGCUCUUUGAAAGUACUUAAUUCGUUAACAUUCAACGACAAUUAAUGACUUGUUUCAAUGACGAUUGUUAUAUUUAUCAAUCAUUUUAUUUCUUUCUCUCAUUUCAAUGUUAAAUGUCUGCUUUAUCUAUCUGGUCUAUAGUACAUAUGUACAUUGUCUUGUUCUGUUGAUCUUUGUCUGCAUGUCUAAAAGCCUGCCCGCUUGUCUAACCCUUUUACUCUGUCAAAUUGACAUACAAAUGUUUAACAACGUACCACUUGAAUGACAAAUUUAGGUGCGUCCAAUUUCAUUUUAACGCUAACUAAACUAAUACAACAAAAAAAUGGGUACUUGAUGAAAAAAAAAUUUAUCACUGCAUCAUUACAACUUUAAUCAAUGUUCAUUGUACAUUAUUUCGAAACCUUAAAAAUGCGUCUGAAGGGGCAAAUAAAACCACCAAUGCGUUUAUAUCAGUUACACUCUUAUCACGACACUGAGUCACACUAUACUGCUAUUAUGAAGCAUGCACCUAGAUAAUUCGUCAUUGAUCUAAAUACAUUCAUGUUAAUUCGUGCCUAUGCUUGGACAUUUAGUCCAAUUAAUAAUAUCACAUGAGGGGCUUUUUGAGAUUUUUUUUCUUUUACAUUUAUUUUAAUAAUUUUUUAAUGACUUGGAAAAUGUAUAGUUCAUCAAUUUAUCAUCAAAUCAAAAGAUAAUAAUUUUUAAUCAAUUUUUAAUUGUGGAUUUUAUUGAAAAGUAUUAAACAAUGUUUCAUUGUAUAGAAUUUUAGAAGAAUAUACUCUUUUUAUUGUUGAUGAAAUUGGAAGAUUAUUUGCAGGAGAUUAAUUUAUACCACAUGUAAUAUUCAGAAAAUUAAUGGACAAGAAAAAUAAGCUUCAGAACAUGAUCGUACGAUUAAUAGUUUAUGAGAUAUUUUUUUUUUUUACUCUGAGAUAGUUGUUUACGUGCUUUGCGUGCAGUACUUUGCACAUUCAACUUAAAAAACGAAUAUCUCAUAAACCAUUAAUCCUAGAUACUUCAUUUGGAGCUUACUCUCAUCAACUUACAUUUUUCUGAAAAUUACACAUCAUAUGUUUUUAUUUCUGCAUAAUUAUUUCUUCGCAGAAAAUUCCGUUAAACGAUCCAUCAAUUUGUUUAUCUUCUCCUUAUUCUAGCAGCUUAAAAUAAUUAAUUUAUCAACAAAAAGUAUAAAAAUAAUUAUCUUUCAUAAAUAUAAUCAAAAGACAAAUAUUGUUGUACAGAUUUCCAAGCAUUAAAAAUUAUUUUUACAGUUUCUAUUGACUGGAUUACUGAUCAAAUUACACAGAGGAUAUGAAAUCACCUCAUCACACUGUAUAUACGUCUAUAAAGUCUCCAAAAGACUAAUAGUCACUGUUAUCUUUGUCUUAAUCGUGCGUUAUAACAAAAUGUACUUAUCAUAUAUUUUCUUCACAACCUUAUGAUCCGCAGCAAAGUGACAAAAUGCCUAUUUAACAAAAUACUCACAAAUAUUUAUUAUUUAUAUGUAUGGUUUAUGUUUUGUAAUUUUGUUUAAAUUUUUCAUAGGGGUUUGAAACCUCCAAGAUAACUGCUCGUUACGCGCUACGCGAUUGUAAGGGCUCAAAAAAAAAA